AGGGAGUGGGUAUUUCUGGACUGUUUCGACCGUUUGUGCUACACCCGCUCCUGAGUGGGGAUUUAAGGAUCAGGGAGUUUUUGAGAGGCUGAUUCUAGACAUCUAUCCGUAUUAGAGUCUUGUGGCACUUUGAAGGCUAACAGGCGCCCAACUCAUCAGAUGCAUGAAGGGCUGUCCUCUUUUGGCAGAUAUGGGGGGCGUGUUCUCGCGUUACUUUGCAUCUGUGUGCAAGUUGUUUGUACCUGUGUUCAGCUGCUCGUGAGAAAGAAUUUUCACGUGUUGAUUUUUAAAAAGUUAUUAUGGACAUCAGCAGAAUUGAGUGUAUCUUUUUCAGUGAAUUUCACCCAACACUUGGACCUAAAAUAACUUAUCAGGUACCAGAGGAUUUCAUUUCUCGAGAGCUCUUUGAUACAGUUCAAGUAUAUAUCAUCACCAAACCUGAACUUCAGAACAAGCUCAUUACAGUUACAGCUAUGGGGAAAAAGCUAAUUGGUUGUCCAGUUUGCAUUGAGCAUAAAAAAUACAGCCGGAAUGCCUUGCUCUUCAACCUUGGCUUUGUUUGUGAUGCUAGAGCUAAGACCUGUGCCCUGGAGCCUAUAGUGAAGAAACUGGCUGGUUAUCUUACCACUCUUGAGCUUGAGAGUGGCUUCAUUUCCACUGAUGAGAGCAAACAGAAGUUGAUACCCAUCAUGACCAUCCUCCUUGAGGAACUGAAUGCCACUGGCAAGUGUACUCUGCCUAUAGAUGAAUCAAACACCAUUCACCUAAAAGUGAUUGAACAACGCCCAGAUCCCCCCAUUGUACAGGAAUAUGAUGUUCCUGUCUUCACCCAAGAUAAGGAUGACUUCUUCAAUUCACAAUGGGAUCUCACCACUCAGCAGAUUCUUCCAUACAUUGAUGGAUUUCGGCAUGUUCAGAAAAUCUCAGCUGAAGCAGAUGUAGAGCUCAAUUUGGUUCGCAUUGCCAUCCAGAACCUCUUAUACUAUGGAGUAGUGACUCUAGUUUCCAUACUUCAGUACUCGAAUGUAUAUUGUACCACGCCUAAAGUCCAGGAUCUGGUGGAUGAUAAAUGUCUCCAAGAUGAAUGCCUCUCUUAUGUCACAAAACCAGGUCACAAGCGAGCCAGUCUGAGAGAUGUUUUCCAGCUCUACUGUGGGCUAAGCCCUGGCACAACUGUACGAGAUCUUAUUUGCCGCUAUACCCUACAGCUCCAGAGAGUAGAUGAAAGGAAGCUCAUCCAGUUUGGUCUGAUGAAGGGCCUUAUUCGACGGCUCCAGAAGUAUCCUGUGAAAGUAGCCCGAGAUGAAAGAAGUCAUUCAGCCAGACUGUACACAGGUUGUCAUAGCUAUGAUGAGAUCUGCUGUAAAACAGGGAUGAGCUAUCGAGAAUUGGAUGAAAGGCUGGAGAAUGAUCCCAAUAUAAUUGUUUGCUGGAAAUGAGUCUCUCCAAGAAAGGGGAUGAUUACUCAUCGUGUCCUAUUGUGCUGCUUAGAACUGCUCAGGAUUUCUUCAGAAGUCAUUAAAAGUAACAUAACUGAAAUUGUGUGGUACGGUAUGAUGCACCUUUUUCAGACCUGUGGUGCCUGGAACAAGUGAGCUAGAUGGACUUGGAUUUCUUUGGAUUGUUUUGUUAAGAUACAGCACAGAUCACAUUUCUCUUGACACAACACACAAAUAUAUGUGUAUCAAGAAGCUCUGGUGUUCACUGAAAAAAAACAAGCUUUGCAAGGCUGCAAAGUAGAGCAGUGGGGCAAGCAAGUGCUUAACCUGUUCCUUGCUGCCCAUUUUUGUGCUUCAGUCCCCCUAUGAGGUUCCAGAUGUGUGUUUAGAAGGAUCAAAUAUCUGCUGUUAUAAUUCUAGCAGUAUCAUGUUAUAGUAACAAGGACGCAUAUGCUUCCUUUCUUCAGGUAAAAUAUUGAAGGGAAAAGUUUUGUAACAAACUUGUACAAAUAAAGGUGGAAAUAUAAUUAGAUUGGUUGUAAUUGUGUUGGUGCCUAUUAUUCUAAGUACUUCCUAUGGAUUAUUGCUAAUGAGAAGAAUUAUGGGCAUCGUUCUGUAUUUUAUAAACCUAUAUUGGUUAAAAUCAUUUUUCUGUGCAAUCAAGAAUAAAAAUGUAGCAGCAAUAGAUAGGGGAGCCAAGCAUUGGUGCUUGCAGUGAAAUAAAAGUGGUCCUUGUUUUAUCA